UCGGCAAUUCUCCCAAAAUAUUUCUGUUCCAGAGAGAUCUCUGACAUAUGAAUGACUGGAUGCUGAUUUUAUGCUACCUAGACACAGGUUUUGCUCUGCCAGUAAGUCAUAGCUGUCUAUCAAGCUUUUGUCCAAACAGAGCUGCUUUCCGCACCGCUGGAGCAAGUCGGACUAACCCUGAUGUGGUGGAACAACAUGGGCUAUACAGAGAGGCUCCUCGUUUUGUAGGCAUGGACACUGGAUUCAGGGGAUUGCAGCAAAACCCAGCCCUUCAGGGAGAUUUUACUGUUGAGGAUGAUUAGCCAGCAGCCCAAGGAGGAGCUGCUGUGAAUCCAACCAUGCCCCCUGAUGCCCAAUAUCUGUGCAAGGCAGGGAACAAGGCCAAACAGCCACAGUUCAUGCAAGAUGCCUGGCAUUUCCAAGAGCCCUGAGUGUAUUGAAGAAACACACCACUCCAUUAUUGUUCAAGUAUUUGCUAUGCCUGAUGCACUGGCAAAAACAUCUACUAUGGAGUGAGCAACAGAGUAUUAAAUAGGCUAAUCAAAGAAAUUGUAAAAUGACUCCAGGGAUGUCCCCAGUUUGAACUUUAAUCCCUCACCCCCGGCUGCCAG